AAUAUUAGCAGUAUUUGCCCCAGUAAUCCUGGCUCCUGUGUGAGAGGAGGUUCAGUGACAUAAUAGUGGUGCUGCUCUUCCCACAGCCAAGGUCUCAUUGUGGUUCCCACCAUCUUGCCCAUGUUGUGCCUUGGCCGGAGUGUCAGCUGAAGGGCCCAGACAGGAACAGAAGGGACCAGAGUUGUGGGACAGGGUGCAGCUGCUCUUAGUGUCUACAGUGUCCCCUUGUGCUAUUGUGCAGAGCCCCUGGAAGGAAGGCAUCAACUCAGAGUCCGUGGCUGCCUCUGGUAGAUUCUGUGCAACCCAGAGGGGCACCAAAUGGCAGGCUCAACUGGCCUCAAAAGGAGGGCUGCUGUUGCUGGCAGAGUAGAACCAAGGCUGCAGAAGGGGAGCUGAGCUGCAGGAGCAUCUACAAGCAGCACAGAAGCAGCCCAUCCUGUCUACACGUUUGUUGGCCACAGGAACAGCCUGGCACUGCCUUGGCUGUCUGCAGGACUGACAGCUGUUGUGGGCAGCUGACAGGGCCCACCCAGGCACAGUCAGUCAGGAUCAGGAGUGUGGACCAUAGUCAGGACCUGAAGUGGACAGCCAAAGAUUCAUUUUCCUGAUCAGACAAUUCCCCUGCCUCCUUCUGACUCAAGUAGAGCAUCUGAGCCCAAGAGCAGGGCAAGUCCAGCCCCCGCUAAGAGCUUUGUGGGCAGAGCCCAUAGGUCUCUAAAGCUCUGCUGGAUCCUUUCCCUCCCAGCCCUAGAGACCUGACAUGUGGCAGCUCAAAUAUGAGUCCUGGAUAGAGGCAUCAGUCAGUCCUGAAAGUCUUAGAGCUCUCCCCUUAUGAGCAAUGUGUUCCUGUCCUGCCCAAGUAUGGAACAGGCCCUAAGGGAGACUGAGUUGUAUCCUGCAGAGUGCAGCAGAGCGCUCAGUUCCCCAUGGGAGUCAGCUGGGCUAUUCCCAAUAUGGUGGUAGGUCUGGGGGAGGAUGGAAUUAGUCUUUCAAGGGAUCUUGUACCAGCCAGAGACCAGUCUCUGGAAGGUUGGAAAGGAGCCUGUCUGGAUAGGAGACUCAGAUCCUGGCUUUGGGAGCAGGAAUGGCACAGACCUUAAUGAACAAGAUCAGCACUUGGUUAAUUGCUCCCCGAAUAGGAUUUCCAGUCUCCAAAAAUCAUGUGCUCUCCUGGGUGGAGCAAAGGGAAGAGCUGCAGAUCCCGGAUCUCCAAGCCUCAGGUGAUGGGAUGCUGAAUGAGAACAGUGAGAGGAGUCUUCAGGAGGAAGGACCUGAGCAAAUGGCUCCAUGUGGGAUGUUAGUGGGAAGAUCUGAAGGGCAUGUUUCUCGGAGUCCUGAGCAAGGAGAGACUUGUGAGAGUCAAAGUAGUCUACAAAGGCAGCAGGAAAACCAUCCUGGAGUGGGACAGGGUAAAUCCAGUCAUAAGAGCAGAAGGUUGAAUACAAACACAGAAACUGUUCAAAAGAAAAUCCUCCAUCAACGUUCACCUUGUUCUUGCAGUGACUGUACAACUCUUAUUAAACAUGAAAGAGCCCAAACAGGAGAGAAACCCUUCAGCUGCUCGGACUGUGGGAAAAGUUUCAGUAAUAGGUCACAGCUUCUUAUCCAUAGGAGAACCCACACAGGAGAGAAACCCUUCAGCUGCUCUGACUGUGGGAAAAGCUUUAGUCAGAGGUCAAACCUUGUUAGGCAUAGGAGAGCCCACACAGGAGAGAAACCCUUCAGCUGCUUGGACUGUGGGAAAAGUUUCAGUGGUAGGUCACAGCUUCUUAUCCAUAGGAGAACCCACACAGGAGAGAAACCCUUCAGCUGCUCUGACUGUGGGAAAACCUUCAGUCAGAGGUCAAACCUUGUUAGGCAUAGGAGAGCCCACACAGGAGAGAAACCCUUUAGCUGCUUGGACUGUGGGAAAAGCUUCAGUCAGAGCUCACGGCUUGUUAGGCAUACGAGAGCCCACACAGGAGAGAAACCCUUCAGCUGCUUGGACUGUGGGAAAAAUUUCAGUGACAGGUCACAGCUUGUUGUGCAUAAGAGAACCCACACAGGUGAGAAACCCUUCAGCUGCUCGGACUGUGGGAAAAGAUUCAGUAACAGGUCACAGCUUGUUGUUCAUAAGAGAGCCCACACAGGAGAGAAACCCUUCAGGUGCUCUGACUGUGGGAAAAGCUUCAGUCAGAGGUCAACCCUUGUUAUCCAUGGGAGAGCUCACACAGGAGAGAAACCCUUCACGUGCUCUGACUGUGGGGAAAGCUUCAGUCGGAGGUCACAGCUUGUUAUCCAUAGGAGAGCCCACACAGGAGAGCAACCCUUCAGAUGCUCUGACUGUGGGAAAAACUUCACUCGGAGGUUACAGCUUGUUAGGCAUAUGAGUGCCCACACAGGAGAGAAACCCUUCAGCUGCUUGGACUGUGGAAAAGCCUUCGGUCAGAGGUCAUACCUUGUUAAGCAUAUGAGAGCCCACACAAGGGAGAAAUGCUUCAGCUGCUCGGACUGUGGGAAAACCUUCAGUCAGAGGUCAACCCUUGUUAUCCAUGGGAGAGCUCACACAGGAGAGAAACCCUUCAGGUGCUCUGACUGUGGGGAAAGCUUCAGUCGGAAGUCACAGCUUGUUAUCCAUAGGAGAGCCCACACAGGAGAGCAACCCUUCAGAUGCUCUGACUGUGGGAAAAACUUCACUCGGAGGUUACAGCUUGUUAGGCAUAGGAGUGCCCACACAGGAGAGAAACCCUUCAGCUGCUCGGACUGUGGAAAAGCCUUUGGUCAGAGGUCAUACCUUGUUAAGCAUAGGAGAGCCCACACAAGAGAGAAAUGCUUCAGCUGCUUGGACUGUGGGAAAACCUUCAGUCAGAGGUCCCACCUGGUUAGUCAUAGGAGAGCCCACACAGGAGAGAAAGUCUUCAGCUGCUCUGACUGUGGGAAAACCUUCAGUCAAAGGUUUAACCUUGUUAGGCAUAGUAGAGCCCACACAGGAGAGAAACCCUUCAGCUGUUCUGAAUGUGGGAAUAGCUUCAGUAAGAACGCAAUGCUUAUCAUCCAUAGGAGAGCCCACUCGGGAGAAACCCUUUAGCUGCUCUGACUUUAGGAAAUGCUGCAGUCAGAGGUCACACCUUGUUAUCCAUAGAAGAGAAAUUCUUCAACUGCUCUGACUUUGGGAAAUGCUAUGGUGAGAGUUCAAGGCUUGUUGCAUAUAGUUGAACCCACAUAGGUGAGAAAUCCUAUAGUGGUGGUGAGCAAAAUUUUCUCUGUUGGCACAAUCCAGCCUGCCUUAGACUUUGAUCCUGUCCACAAGGCAGUAUCAGGCCCCACCUCCAAAUGAGCAUGUGCUGAGGGAGAAGGAGCUUAGUCCCAUCCCCUUUUUGUGCUUUGUAGCCACUAGAGAGGAGGCAGCACUAGGCUGAAUCUUUGCCACACAACCUGAGGCCGGCAGUAGAGGCAGUGCUGCCACCUGCACUGCUGGCCUCCAGGGCCACAUGGCCAUUUCAGGGGUGCUUCUGGGGCUGAUCCUGGGCUGCAUGGCUGCAGCAGCAACACCUCAGCCCUGGACUGAAUGGGUGCAGCUGUGGUGCCUCCAGUGUCUGGGGCUGGUCCUGUCCUGUGUGACCAGGACAGUGCGGCUGCAGAGGUUGCUGCAAGGGGGCCCAAAGACAGGUAAUAUUUGCUGUCUUUCCCAGAUGCUCCCUCCCAAUCUCCUCAAUUCCCUUUUCCCCCAUCAUCCAACAGCCCCAGCUUGCACUGACACCCUCCUUUUUUCUUGCACCCUUUCUCUUGGCCACACACUGCACCCUCCCCUUGGCCAGACACCUGCCUGCUUCUUCAUCCCAGAUCCUUCCUCAAGAUCCCAACCCUUUCUUGAGGCCCCUGUCACAUUAUUGGAUUUUAAGGUGAACGUAUAGAUCACUGCUGUGCUCACGGGGAACUGUUUGCCCCAAAUUUGGUACAGAGUGGGCCACGUGAGGUCAAAUGA